UUUCCGGCCUCAGACGCGCUGCGUUUCCUUGGGAACACGCAAAGCAAAAGGAGUGGUGCGAGCCUGGUGCGCCCGCCUGCGGCUCAAGCCCCUACGAAAGCUGACUUGAUCGCUUUGAUGACGUACGAUAAGUUACGUAGAUCCCGCACCGAUCGCUGCUGCGGGGCGAUCACCGCUCAAGCUUACCGCAAAUGGUUGACACCUCUAACCACCACGAUACAACUGACCCACCAUACAAAGCUGUAGCUGACGCAGCACGAAUAUGUCGGGCUGGUUCACUCUCUUCACCAACUGCCGCUACGUGCUCGAUGGCCAGCUCGUUGACGAUCACCUGGUCAUCUCGGAUGAGACGGGGCUGAUAUUGAAGAGAGAAGGGUACAUUGGAGGUGAAGCUGUUGACUUGGACGAUAACAUUAUUGCCCCUGGGUUUUUGGAGUUGCAUACCAAUGGUGCCAAUGGAUUUCACUUUACCCAUUUUGAGGACGAGAAGAGCUAUGGCAGAAAGGUAGACAGCAUUGCAAGGUACUACGCCACACAGGGCGUCACUGGAUUUUGGGCGACGAUACCAACCGUGAAAAGCGAGGAGUUCCAGAAGAUUCUCCCAUCGCUGGCGCCCCGCGACAUCCCCAAAUCUGCGUCCUUACUCGGCGCCCACGUAGAAGGACCCUACCUACACCCCACAAAGAAAGGCGCCCACAACUCCUCCCUCUUCCAAGCAUGCAGCACGCCAGCACCUUCCAUCUACGGCUCGUCAAACCUCUCCUCCACCGUCAAACUAGCCACGAUAGCUCCCGAGCUCCCUGGCUCUGCAGCCCUAAUCUCCUCCCUCGCUGGCCAAGGGAUCCGUGUGUCAAUGGGCCACUCGACGGGCACGCUGGACGACGGCCUGUCAGGACUGCGCGCAGGCGCAACAUGCCUAACCCACGUGCUCAAUGCCAUGCCGCCGUUCGGCUCCCGUGACCCUGGUCUGGCUGGCCUGAUCACACUGCCCUCGACGCACGCCCCUGCGCCACCGUACUACACCAUCAUUGCAGACGGUGAGCACUUGCACCCCAAUACGGCCGCGCUCCUGCAUCGCGCGAAUCCCAAGCGCAGCAUCGUCAUCACAGAUAGCAUUGAGCUUGCAUCUCUGCCGGACGGUAACCACCCCGGGCACGCGCAGAUACCGUUCGAGCAGACGAAGAAGGACACGCGCGCCACGAUCGCGGGGACGGACACGUUGAUUGGAGGGUGCAUUCCUCUGCAGGAGAGCGUGAGGAAUCUGAGGGCCUGGAGCGGUUGUGGGAUUGCGGAGGCAGCGGCAACCGUGACGGAGAACGUGGCUGGGCUGAUGGGAAUCGACGGACAAGGUGGACGUGGGGUAUUGAGAGAGGGAAGAAGGGCAGACAUGACGAUUCUGAACGAGAGUGGAGAGGUGCUGCAGACUUGGAUCGCAGGGCACAAGGUUUGGGAUAGGGAAGAGGAUGUGAGCUUGGCGGAGGAGGAUAAGGAGAGAAGAGGAUGAAUCUAGAGGACCAGGAUGGGUGUAGAGUGUAUCGAAUUGCCCAUGGUUCUCUACAAAGCACCGUCGACUUUUCUUAUUCUCAUCUUCGAUUAGGUACAUUGUUGAGCAGCUACUGACGCUCGGUGUCUUGACUGAGUCCAAAACAAAAGACUGCAUAACCUCUUGGUCAAACUGCCAUGCAUAGGGCUUCAACUCG